UGUGAGAGCAACUCGUCAGUUCCUCUCAGCUCAGCUUCAACAUGUUGCUCCUCUCAUUUCUAACGUCGUCUUUUUUAAUAUUCUCAUGUUUGGUCAACGAGACUGAAGCCAACGCAACGGUUUUACCGAGGAUGGUGUUCACAGACAAAGGGAUUCCAGUUAAAAGGUUGCCUUUACCUGGAAACCAUGCACCUGUACGGAUUCUACUGGGAGAAAAGCCAGACUCUGUCACAGCGGCAGGACAAACACACAUGUACACCUACGACUUCCAGCAGCCUCAGAAGGCUCCUGUAGGAAGGAAGGUGGUGUGGCAGGAGUGCGACAACAGUCCAGGAAAGGAUUGCAGCUAUAACAUCACAGUGGUCCACGAGAGGCAGGAGGCUGACCAGGUGUUAGUGUGUGGAACCAACGGCAGAGAGACACUGUGCUGUGGCGUGAAUUUAUCUGAAGAGUCACCUACAUGCAUCCCUUUAAAUAAAAUGAGGAACAUAGAAAGAAGCAUCAGGGCAUUCACCAUAAAGGAAGGUGAAGCAUCUGUACUUGUGGAAUCAGCGGAAAGUGCCGACCUCUACAUCACAUACUCUGGAUCGAAGGAGUAUGUUGGUAUCCACAAGUUUGGCAAAGACAGAGUCGGACCAGGGAACCAUAAUAAAGAGCAAUACUAUGUAGGUUUGAUGCUCAGCAGACGAAGAGACGAUCCUUUACAGGAUAAAGUUUUUGCUUUCUACAAGGAGAAAAACAGAGAUACUCACCUGCUCGAUGACAUGUGGAUCCCGUACGUCACCCAGGUUUGCAUGGCAGAUAUUGGUGGUCGCAAGAACAACCUGCAGUUCAAGUGGACGUCCCAGAUGAGUGCCAGGCUCUUCUGCGGAGACACCAACACAAAACAGCAUUUCUCUGAACUGGUAGAUGUGGCUGUUGUGCACGCAGACCAGUGGCAGGAUACCAGGGUUUAUGGACUCUUCAGAAAUGAAUGGCAUAUGACCGCUGUGUGUGUUUACACGAUUCAAGAUAUUGACCACAUCUUCCAAACCUCUCCAUUUGAAGGCCAAAGCUCAGAAAACUCAAAGAACAGACCUAGGACGUGUGUUAGAGACAGCACCAUGAUGACUCACGAGACCCUGAACACGAUCCACAAGACUUCAGAGAUGGAGCAGUGGGUCCAACCUGUGAACAAGUCUGGUCCCCUGCUUUUUAAUCACCACAACUACACCCACAUCUACAUUGACAGCUCCCUGGGCAAGAGGAACCAUCCCUACACAGUUUUGUUUCUGACCCUAAAUAAUGGACGGAUUCACAAAGUGAUACAGACUGGAAAUGAGAUAUUCUUCAUUGCUGAGUACCACCCCUUUAACCACAGAGCACACAUCGGCGGCAUCAUCCUUCACCUCACCUCAAGGAAGCUUUAUGUCCACACCAGAAGUGAACUGGUCCAGCUGGAUGUGGAAAACUGUGCCAAGUAUGGAGACAACUGUAAGGAGUGUGUCUUAGCCAGAGACCCUUACUGCAGCUGGAACGACGACCACUGUUCCCCUGUGACGCAAGAUACACUGCAGGAGGAGGCCACAGGGAAUCACAACAUCUGCCCUGUUCGAACUCAAAAAGUUGAUACACAACGACCUGGGAGCAUGGACAGCAUCGCACUUCCCCCCAAUUCCAAGUAUUUCCUUUCCUGUCCGGUGUCGUCUUAUCAUGCAGAGUAUACCUGGCAUCACGAGGGACAACCCAGGCCCUGCAGGUCAAAGGAGCAGGAGCACCUACUUCUCAUCGACAACAUGAGUCCAGAGCAGGUGGGAACUUACAAGUGUGUGUCAGAGGAGCUGGGCUUCACAAAGGUCGUGGUGCAGUACCACCUGCAGCUGAAGAGCAGGGCUGCGAUUGGUCGAUUAUCAAGCCCUCUGGUCUGGGUUAGUCUGGUGGCUGCUCUGAUAACCAGUUUGUCCAGUUAGUCCUGAUCUGAGUCGAGGGAAAGGUAAUAAAUAAUCAUAUAAAAUUACAGCACAGCCAUAUGAAAAUACAUGGAGUGACUGGGCCUGCCACUGAAAUGAAAUUAACUUCCCCAAUAAUUAUUUACUUCCAACAAAGGAAACCCUCCUUUACUAAUAAUGCUUUAUGGACUAUAAUUUAUAAUAUUUGAAAUUAGCCCUAGCCUUCAAAUGCACGUAUUAAAAGGCUGUGAAGUAGAAAAUGUUUUUAAAAGCUCAAACAUUCUUCUUCUAGCAUAUCUGAACCCUUCUGUGUCUCUUGCCUUUAUCUGCACAUAAACAAAAGACUGUACACUUCACAAUCUUUGAUGGUACAUGACAACAACAAUCCCACUGAUUGGUUUUCAGAAAACAAGCUGCUUUGUAGAAAUGUUGUAAAACAGCACAGAGUUGCAACAUAUAGGCAACAUGAAACAUACUGAAAGUAGAUUCAUACAGCUAGAACAGAAACCACCAAAGUCUUGAUUAUUACAAUUUGGUGUCAGUUUCCUUUUAAUGUGAAAUUAUGCCUGCACUCUCCUACUUUGUGUUCUACCUCAGACCUGAAGUCACAGCAAACUGAGUUGUUCUCUGUCUUUCAAGGAUCUUCUGUUAAACAUAAACUGCUGUAUUAUAUUAUAGAUUUAUUUUACUUCUGCUGCUUCUAUUGGUCUCAAAUGCAGGAAGUUGUGGAGCUCUUUACAUUUUGUGUUUUCAUAUAAUAUAUGAUAAUAUAAUAUAUUUAUGAACAGAUGGUAACAAGAUACAUGUUUGAUUCCUGGUUUUGUGUAAAAAUGUAAAUACAUAUCAUCAAACUGAUUAAUGGCCUA